AUAUAGUAUAUGUUUAUUGUGAUGUAAGCAGCUGGCAGCUGUUAACAGCCGGUGAAAAUUUUUAUAAAUAUUUUUUUAUUAGAAAACAAAUAAAAACGUUGAAUAUGGAAGAGACAGAGAAAAUGUGGACAAUGAAUUUUCCACUUUAUGUAAAUAUAUUAAUGUCAAUAAUGGCAUCUAUUGUUGCAAUUAUAUUGAUACCCAGUUUUAAAGACAAAUUUAUCAGAGCUAACCUAUUUGGUGUUGAUAUGAAUAAAAGGAAUGGCGGUAAAGUACCAGAAGCUUUAGGAGUAGUAAGUGGAUGUAUAUUUCUUAUAACUCUUUUUCUUUUUAUUCCAAUCCCGUUUACUGAUAAUAUCUUCGACAAUUCGACUUUUCCCCACCAUGAGUUCGUUGAGCUGCUGGCUGCCUUGCUGUCAAUUUGCUGCAUGCUCCUCCUGGGAUUUGUUGACGAUGUAAUAGAUCUUCAGUGGAGAUACAAACUUCUUUUACCUACAAUAGCAUCGCUUCCAUUGCUGAUGAUCUACUACGUAAACUAUAACGGCACUUUUGUGAUAGUACCAAAACCCUUGAGAGCUUGGUUUGGAUUGUCUGUAAACUUGGGUCUCCUCUAUUACGUUUACAUGGGAAUGCUGGCAGUCUUUUGUACAAAUGCUAUAAAUAUAUUGGCUGGUAUUAAUGGCCUUGAAGUAGGACAGAGUCUUGUAAUAGCCUCGAGUAUUAUUGUUUUUAAUAUAAUUGAAUUGUCUGGUGCAUUAUGGAAAGCCCAUCAAUUUUCACUCUACUUGAUGUUACCGUACUUGACAACUUCUCUAGCACUAUUCAGAUACAAUUGGUACCCGUCCCAAGUAUUUGUAGGUGACACAUUCUGCUAUUUCUCAGGAAUGACAUUUGCAGUUGUCGGAAUAAUUGGACAUUUUAGCAAAACAGUUUUACUAUUUUUCAUUCCACAAGUUAUUAAUUUUUUAUACAGCGUACCUCAGCUCUUCCACUUAGUGCCAUGUCCACGUCACCGCUUACCAAGAUUCAACAGAGAAACUGGAAAAUUAGAUCCCAGUGUCACGGUAUUCAAGAAAUCGCAGCUAAAUAAACUCGCUAGAUUAAUUAUGGGCUUAUUCCGAGUAUUCAAAUUAGUUAAAUGGCAAGAAGAUAAAGACGGAGUUGUUACAUGCAAUAACUUGACGUUAAUUAAUUUUAUUCUUAUUACUUUUGGUUCAAAGAAAGAGCCAAACUUGACUAUUAUUUUAUUAAUCAUUCAGGUGAUUUGUUCGGCCAUAGCGUUUUCAAUAAGAUAUCCAUUAGCGUCUUUAUUCUACGACGUAUGAAUGAUAACAAUUGUUAUUAUCGAUGUUUUAAAUCCGAGGCUUUCAUUCAAUGACGAAAUUCAUUGGAUCA